UAAUACAUUAUCGGCUUUUGAUUGUUGAUAAAUAAUGACAGCUAGGAGGUUGAGAUAAGUUUUGGGAUCUCUUCAUUGGGGUAACAAAGAAAAGAAAAUACUCCAUUGCUCAAGAAAAGGUCGGAUGUAUGACGUCUCUUGCAUUCCAUCCCGUUCUUGGGCAUUACGAAGGGUAUUUAAGGGUUCAUGGCGGGGGCCUCAAAACAGACGACACAUUCCGUUUUUACUACUCAGAUCCUACCACCGCUCUAUCUUCUACUACUGCUGUCUCCAGCCAUUUGAGAUCUUUCAAUCAAGGGAGGAACACCACCACUGGCGGUGAUAAGCAAGAGGUGUUCGGCGGUCUUAUAUUCACUUGUCCUGAUAUGUUUGGCAUCCUUGGCCCAGCUGACAUUAACAGCUCACCGUUUUUGGACAACUUCCCUGGUGUGACUCUCGGCGGGAAUUUUUGUAGCAACGUGAUUGGACGUCGCGUUUUAACCAAGUUCGUUAAAGAAUCUCAAGAACAAAAGGAGGUGCAAUGUUGCGUGCACGUUAACUGUAGUGUCUAUUUGAUCAUGUCUUACACUCCUUUAAAUUAGUUAAGAGUAAUUAAUGUGGUUUUUGUGCUGGGUCUGGCUGUAGAAAAUGUUUAUCCUUUGUAAAGUUAGUGAUACUGUUUUUAGUGU